UGCAGAGUUCCGUUUAAAAUACAAAGUUUGCAGACUUCACUGACGUAUAUCUCCCCUACGGGUUGGCCGCAUCCAUUGUUUGUAGUAAAGUGGGUGUCUGGUUUCUUAUUACGAACAGUAAGUGAAGGAGAAACGGGGGAAAAUAGGUACUGUAUGCGAGUCCACGGGGAGGCAGUGAGUUGGAGACAUUCUAGUUCAGGCAGAUACGGGGUCGUUUGACUGUCGCCAGGACAGCACAACAAAACUGGGGAUUACUGCAACUUUACAUUGCGCGCAUCGGGCACUGUUUUAGAACAUCCCUUAGACUGGUUGACUUGCUGCAUCGUCCCAACUAGAUGGUCUGGAAUAUCUGGAUACCUUACUUGGUCUCCUCUGCAGAUGCCCAGUGCCCUGCCCCCAGGCCUGAGCAGAAGUGACCAGUGCCCAGACGCCCAUGGCUCCAGCCGCGGGGAGCCACCUAGCGCGCUGUAUGCUCUCUCUGCAGGGCAUGCUGGUCCUGCUGGCUGGGGGCCUGGCUGGCAGAGCCCCCGCCUGGACCCCAGAGUCGCCGUGUCACAAGGCAGAGCACCCGGUCAUCUCACACUCAGAGAUCGAGCCGUGGAUCCACAGGUUCAGGGCAGAAGGAACGGUGGAUUAUUCACAGCUGACCUUUGACCCAGGCCAGAACGAACUGAUUGUGGGAGCCAGAAAUCACCUCUUCAGGCUACGCUUGGAGGACCUCUCUUUGAUCCAGGGGGCCGAGUGGAAGUGUGAUGAGUUCACCAAGGGAGCGUGCUUCAGUCGAGGAAAGUCAGAAGAAGAGUGCCAGAAUUACAUCCGCGUCCUUCUUGUUAAUGGAGACAGGCUAUUCACCUGUGGAACCAACGCAUUUACUCCCAUUUGCACCAAUCGUACGCUGACCAACCUGACUGAGAUCCAUGACCAGAUAAGCGGCAUGGCGCGCUGUCCCUACAACCCCCUGCACAACUCCACCGCCCUCAUCACCUCCAGCGGGGAGCUGUACGCCGCCACCGCCAUGGACUUCUCUGGGAGGGACCCCGCCAUCUACCGCAGCCUCGGGGGCCUGCCCCCCCUCCGCACCGCCCAGUACAACUCCAAGUGGCUCAACGAACCAAACUUCGUCUCGUCCUAUGACAUCGGGAAUUUCACCUACUUCUUCUUCCGAGAGAACGCGGUGGAGCACGACUGCGGGAAGACCAUCUUCUCGCGCGCAGCCCGCGUGUGCAAGAACGACAUCGGCGGCCGCUUCCUCCUGGAGGACACCUGGACCACCUUCAUGAAGGCUCGGCUCAACUGCUCCCGGCCGGGGGAGAUCCCCUUCGACUACAACGAGCUGCAGGACACCUUCUUCCUGCCGGAGCUGGAGCUGCUCUAUGGCAUCUUUACCACCAACAUGAACAGCAUCGCAGCCUCGGCGGUGUGUGUUUUUAAUUUGAGCGCGAUCACACAGGUGUUCAGCGGGCCCUUCAAGUACCAGGAGAACUCACGAUCAGCCUGGCUGCCUUAUCCCAACCCCAACCCAGACUUCCAGUGUGGCACCAUAGACUACGGCUCAUACGUGAACCUGACUGAGAGGAACCUCCAGGAUGCCCAGAAGUUUAUCCUGAUGCACGAGGUGGUGCAGCCAGUGUCCACCAUCCCGUACUAUAUGGAGGACAACGUGCGCUUCUCCCACGUGGCCGUGGAUGUCGUCCAGGGCAAAGACAUGCUCUUCCAUAUCAUCUACCUGGCCACAGAUUACGGUACCAUCAGGAAAGUGCUGUCCCCUCUGAACCAGACCACGGGCAGCUGUCUGCUGGACGAAAUCGAGCUCUUUCCCCAAAGGAAGAGGCAGCCAAUCAGGAGCCUCCUGAUUCAGCACAGUCGCAGCGUGCUCUUCGUGGGCGUCAGGGACCAGGUGAUCAAGAUCCCGCUCAUGCGCUGCAACUUCCACAGAACGCGAGAAGCCUGUGUGGGAGCCAGAGACCCCUACUGUGGCUGGGAUUUAGUGCUGAAGAAAUGCACAACCUUGGAGGAGAGCCUCAGCAUGAGUCAAUGGGAGCAAAGCAUCACUGAGUGUCCGACCAGGAACGUGACGGUGGACGGGAGGUUUGGGCCUUGGUCUGGGUGGAAGGUGUGCAGUCACAGCGAUGGGGGCAGCGUGGGCUCCUGUCUGUGCAGAACACGGGCCUGCGACAGCCCCAGCCCCCAGUGUGGCGGUCAGCAGUGCCAGGGCCUGAGCGUGGAGGUCACCAACUGCUCCAGAAAUGGUGCCUGGACUCCAUGGACUGCGUGGGCCCCCUGCAGCACCAGCUGUGGCAUCGGGUUCCAGGUCCGACAGCGAUCCUGCAGCAACCCCACCCCUCGCCAUGGGGGCCGAGUGUGCGUGGGCCAGAACCGUGAGGAGAGAUACUGCAACGAGCACCUGCCCUGUCCGCCGCAUGUGUACUGGUCCAGCUGGUCACCAUGGGAGCGUUGCACGGUGCCCUGUGGGGGAGGCAUCCAGGCACGACGACGAACCUGUGAGAAUGGCAACGAAUGUCCCGGUUGCAGCCUGGAGUACCAAUCAUGUAACACUCUCCCCUGCCCGGACCUGAAGAAAACCACUCCCUGGACACCAUGGACACCGGUCAACAUCUCAGACAAUGGUGGCCAUUAUGAGCAGCGUUUCAGAUACACCUGCAAGGCCCGAGUGCCAGACCCCAACCUUUUGGAAGUUGGGCGGCAGAGAAUAGAGAUGCGCUACUGUUCAAGUGAUGGAUCCACAGGUUGCUCCACUGAUGGAGACCUUCUCCGCUCUGGCCGGAUCACCGCCCACACGGUCAACGGCGGCUGGUCAGCCUGGAGUUCCUGGUCCCAGUGCAGCCGGGACUGCAGCAGGGGGAUCCGAAACCGCAAGCGGACCUGCAACAACCCUGAGCCCAAAUACGGAGGCAUCCCGUGUCUGGGGCCUGCACUGGAGUACCAGGAGUGCAACAUCACCCCCUGCCCAGUGGAUGGGAGCUGGUCCUGCUGGUCUCCCUGGUCUAAGUGCUCGGUGACGUGUGGAGGAGGACAUUACAUGCGCACUCGCACCUGCAGCAACCCACCGCCAGCCUAUGGGGGGGAUAUCUGCCUGGGCCUGCAUACAGAGGAGGCACUGUGCAACACACAGCCCUGCCCAGAGAGCUGGUCGAUGUGGUCAGAAUGGUCCCAGUGCGACGCCUCCGGGGCCCAGACGCGUGUCCGUCACUGCGAUGUCCUUUUCCCCACGGGGAAUCAGUGCUCGGGGAACAGCACCGAGACCAAGUCCUGCCUCCCGGACUCCAAUUUCAUCCCAGAAACAUCCAUUGCGCGUUCCACUAGGGAAGAGAGACGGUGUGGAGAUUUCAACUUGUUCCACAUGAUUGCGGUUGGUCUUAGCAGCUCAAUACUGGGCUGCCUGAUCACAUUGUUGGUCUACACAUAUUGUCAGAGGUACCAGCAGCAGUCCCAUGAUGCAACAGUCAUCCACCCCAUAUCUGCUGCCCCACUCAACACCAGCAUCACCAAUCACAUCAACAAGCUGGACAAGUAUGACACUGUUGAGGCCAUCAAGGCUUUCAAUAAAAAUAACUUGAUUCUGGAGGAACGAAAUAAGUACUUCAACCCCCACCUGGCAGGAAAGACUUACACCAAUGCCUACUUCACGGAUCUCAACACCUACGACGACUAUUAAGAUGUGUCGUACUGCCUGUGUUCCUCACUUUGGAAGGACAGAUAGAUAAUGAACCUCUCUUUCAAGUAAACCUGUCUUUUUUGCUUUGUGGUUUGUAAUGACUUUUGCAACAUUCUGUGUGGAACCUCCACACCAUGGUUCAUCAUCUGCUGCCAACUAACAGAAAGCCAUACAAUGAUCCCAGCCAAAGGACACCGUGCCUCUUUAGGUGCCUGGACGUUGCUCGGAAAACUCAACGGCUCAGUUCUCAGUUCCCAUGUUGGGGAGAGGAGGACUGGAAAUAGAUUUUCCAAAGCAAAAAGGAAAAAAAAAAUCAAAAAGGGGCUAAAAUGCCUCUAUGAGUCCUGUAAACUGUGUGAAAAACAACAGCCUUUCAGGAGAUACCAUGAGACUGCUUUGCAUGACGUUAUCAAAUGUUUAUCUGUUGCUUCAUUUAUUUGCAUGGUUGAUUGCAUUCCAAAAGUCCUGGGACCUGUGGUUUUCCGGAUGGCUUUGUCUGCUGUGCUGUGUGAGCAGCUCCUGUGCCUAGCCAUGUGCCCGAUGCAGUACCUACUGCCCGCACCAUCUGGAAGAAAGAGUCGGCACCUCGGACAAAGUCAGACAAUCAAGAUGUAGAUAUUUAGGUCUCUCCGGCAAAAUGUGUUCCUGUUCCUUUAGUGUAUGGGCCCCCCUAAUAGCGAUUAUCAAUGUAAAACAGUUUUGUUGUACAGUAAACUCAUUUUGAACUGUAUGUGUCUGAAGCGUUUGUUGUUCAAACCAUCUGGUCCCAGUAUUAACGUUGUUGCUUUUUGUGUCAGGCGGAGUAUAUACCUUUACAUUUAAAUCCUACUGCCAUCACUGGAGGUUGUCUUUUUUUAACCAAAAUAGAAAGACUAGUGACACUUGACAUUAAAAAGAAGGAAUAUUCAUAUUUUGAUUACAAGUUUAUUUUCUGUUGACUGAAAUUGAAUCUUGUGUUGCAUUUACAACAGCUGUAUG